AGUGCCUGGAAUAACAAUUGCUACAGACAUCAUUUGUGGUUUUCCAGGAGAGACAGAUGAAGAUUUUCAAGAAACAAUGAAACUUGUAGAACAGUACAGGUUUCCGAGCUUGUUUAUUAAUCAGUUUUACCCACGCCCAGGAACACCAGCUGCAAAAAUGCCUCAAGUUCCAGCUGCAGUGAAAAAACAGAGAACAAAGGAUCUGUCCCAGCUGUUUCAUUCAUACAGUCCAUAUGAUCAUAAGGUUGGUGAGAGGCAGAGAGUUCUGGUAACAGAAGAAUCGUUUGACUCCAAUUACUACGUUGCUCACAAUCCUUUCUAUGAGCAGGUCCUUGUGCCAAAGGAUCCUCUUUUAAUGGGUAAGAUGGUAGAAGUGAAUAUUUAUGAAGCUGGAAAACAUUUUAUGAAGGGGCAACCAGUGUCAGACGCCAGAGUUCACACUGCAUCCAUCACCAGACCGUUAGCGAAAGGAGAAGUUUCUGGUUUAACAGAGGAGUUCAGAUGUGCACCACAGAACGGCACAAACUGGAAAGCACACCCUUCUGCUGAGAUCCCAGUGAAAACACCUCUCAGCUCGUGGAUGGCUUUGCGGCUCCCAUGGCAACAAGGAGGUGGACUGAAGAUCCUGUCUGCCAGCCUGGCUUUACUGGCAGUUCUUGUUAUGUUUUACUACGGUGGAAUGAAAACAGAACUGUGAACUGAAUGAGGCUUUUAUGAAAACAAUAAAACUGCUGUUUAAAAUCUUCAAAGGAAACACUUUUAUCAACAAAUAUUUUCCUUUUUUUUUUUUUAAUAUAAAUUGGGCAAUAAUUCGUACCCACUAUGCCUUUCCUGUCACUCAAAGGAGAAAAUGAUAUUAAGCUGUGGGGAGACCUAUCUUGCCAAAACCUGAGAUCCUUGUUUGGCAGAACAGUUUGUUGCAUCUUCCCUUUUCUUUUUUUUCUAAAAUGAUGCAAUGUUUGCAUUGCAUACUCUUUUCAUAACUGCUGUAUCAGGUCAAAUUGCAUGAAGUUUAUAAGAAAUCUUUCCAUUGAGUGAUAUUGGUAAUCUUUUAUGGUCAGAAUAUUUAAAGCUUUCCUAAAGAUUUUGCAUAAUGCAGUGUGAUGGUUUGAUAUGUGUCUUUUUACAUGAGAAUCAAACACUGCAAAACCAUUAAAGUUUGUCAUUUGUUGCUAUUUA